CCUUUUUUUUUUCUGUCAGAAUUUUACUCAUACUUUCUAAUAUACUGUUUCUAGACUUCUUUUUUCUCUCUUUCGGCCUUUGGGGCAACAGCUUAAUAGGAGCAUCCUCUAUAAAGUUACUUUUUCCUUUUCUCUUCUCUUUAGAAAAGAACCAUUUUAUUUUAUUUAUUUUAAGUGGGGUCUGUGAUUUAUUGACUUUAAUGCAUUUUACCCACUUGAUGUUUCUUGAAAAGCUUAUUACAAAUUUACAAUAAGGUUAUUUCCUAGUUUUAAUUUUUUUAUAAUAUAAUAAUUACCAUUUUGGCUAACACUUUCUAUCCUUUUACACUGGCAAGCACUAGCUGUUACAGUCUCAUUUUCUUUGCCUUUAUUUUUCUCUUUUACACACUUGGGUAUAAUAUAAAGUAGGUAUAUGGUAGUCUAACAUGUGGUUUGUCGUUCGAAUCUUGUCAUUCUUGGGUGUUUCAUUUAUCAAUAUUUGAGCUUUUGAGCCUCUCUACAAUCUUGGUUUCUGAAUACACAAAAAAUUUUGAGUCUUUCUCCAGAAAAUUAGUGAUCUUGAUAGUGUAUAAAUUGUUAGUGUAUAGAGUUGAGUGAAUAGAAAUGGCAGGUGGAGGAGCAGCUCCAGCAAAGUCAGAUGAUCCAGCGCCACAUCCAACUAAAGAUCAGCUUCCCAAUGUUUCCUAUUGUAUUACUAGUCCUCCCCCAUGGCCUGAGGCUAUCCUUCUUGGAUUUCAACAUUACCUUGUUAUGCUUGGUACCGCGGUGAUCAUACCUACGGCGUUGGUUCCCCAAAUGGGAGGUGGAAAUGAGGAAAAAGCAAAAGUUAUUCAGACAUUGCUAUUUGUUUCUGGGCUGAACACCCUGUUGCAGACUUCCUUUGGGACUAGGCUACCUGCUGUGAUUGGAGGGUCCUAUACCUUUGUCGCACCUACAAUUUCAAUCAUACUUUCUGGUCGAUGGGAGGAUCCAGACCCUGUUUCGAGGUUCAAGAAGAUAAUGCGAGCCACCCAAGGUGCACUUAUUGUUGCUUCAACACUUCAGAUUGUCCUGGGUUUCAGUGGUCUCUGGCGCAAUGUUGUAAGGUUUCUGACCCCACUUUCAGCUGUUCCAUUGGUGUCUCUUGUUGGCUUUGGGCUUUAUGAGUUUGGUUUUCCUGGGGUUGCCAAAUGUGUUGAAGUUGGGUUGCCACAGUUGGUCCUUCUGGUCAUCUUCUCACAGUAUUUGGCCCAUCUGAUACGCCCAGGGAAGCAUAUUUUUGAUCGCUUUGCUGUUCUUUUCACGGUAUCAAUUGUAUGGAUUUAUGCAUACAUACUUACUGUGGGUGGGGCUUAUAAUGGGAAGCCACAAAAGACCCAGAUAAGCUGCAGAACUGAUCGGGCUGGACUUAUUGGCGCUGCUCCCUGGAUUAGAGUUCCAUAUCCAUUUCAAUGGGGAGCACCUUCAUUUGAUGCUGGUGAAGCAUUUGCUAUGAUGAUGGCUACAUUUGUUGCUCUUGUAGAGUCCACUGGUGCUUUUAUUGCAGUUGCAAGAUAUGCAAGUGCCACUCCCAUGCCACCAUCCAUACUCAGCCGUGGUGUAGGUUGGCAGGGAAUUGGCAUUUUAAUAUCGGGUUUGUUCGGCACUGGAAAUGGAUCUUCAGUAUCUGUUGAAAAUGCCGGUCUUUUAGCACUAACACGUGUUGGCAGCCGAAGAGUUGUUCAGAUAUCAGCAGGGUUUAUGAUUUUCUUUUCCAUUCUUGGAAAAUUUGGAGCCAUCUUUGCUUCGAUUCCCGCACCCAUUGUAGGCGCUCUGUACUGCCUGUUCUUUGCUUACGUAGGGGUUGGAGGCUUAAGUUUCCUUCAGUUCUGCAAUCUUAAUAGUUUCCGUAACAAGUUUAUAUUGGGCUUCUCUAUCUUUCUGGGUUUGUCAGUACCACAGUACUUCAACGAAUACACUGUCAUUGCUGGUUAUGGACCUGUUCACACACAUGGACGAUGGUUCAACGACAUGGUCAACGUGCCCUUCUCAUCGGAAGCUUUUGUUGCUGGGAUCUUGGCUUAUUUCCUGGACAACACAAUGCACAAAAAGGAAAGUUCGACAAAGAAAGACAGAGGCAAGCCCUGGUGGAACAAGUUCCGAUCCUUCAAGAGCGACACAAGAAGUGAGGAAUUCUACUCCCUUCCCUUCAAUCUCAACAAGUAUUUCCCAUCAGUGUGAAUUCAUAUGGAGGAGACAGAAGGGUUCAUACACCAAAACACGGAAGGAGUCCCUUUCACACAUAUUUUCUUUUAUAUGUACCCAGUUACUUGCGGAAAAAAGAAAGUAUUUAAAACUAGUCUGACCAUUUUGAAGAUGCUUAGUGAAUUUGUUUAUUGUUAUUUUUCCGCUGUAAAUUGAUGGAUAUGUCGAGGAUUUAAGUAGCAAUAUAGCAAGUCUGGUGUUUUCUACUA